AUGUCUUUUAGCAACUCUCGAACGUUUGGCUACUCAAGCAUUCCCGGGAUCUUCGCAACCGCUUCACACCCUCCAACGGACAUUAACCCGCAGGCCGGCACGAUGGAGGGUCUUGCUGAGGCAAUGGAUGAACCCCUUCUACCAAAAGCCUGUCUCUCUCUGUUGUGGAGUGAAUCGCAUGAGGAUAUUACGCAGGGUCACACAGUUACCGAUUGGACUUCCAACACGCCCAAAAGGUUCUAUUCUGCCAGUUCCUUUAUG